AUGGAGAGAGAGAACCGGACAGUGGUCAUUGAGUUCAUCUUCCAGAGGUUCACCAGCUUGCCACAGUUCCAGAUCCUGCUCUUUGUGCUGUUCCUAAUCAUUUACCUCCUCUCACUCAUGGGCAAUAUGCUUAUCAUCCUCGUCAUCCUGGUGGACUCCCACCUUCACACCGCCAUGUACUUCUUCCUCUGUAACCUCUCUUUUGUGGAGGUCUGGUACACCACCGUCACAGUGCCCAAGAUGUUGGCCAGCUUCCUGGCGGAGCAGAGCACCAUCUCUGCCUCUGGCUGCAUUGCCCAGUAUUACUUCUUCUUCUCCUUUGCUGCCACUGAGCUGUUCCUCCUGACAGUCAUGGCUUACGACCAGUACUUGGCAAUCUGCAACCCACUGCAUUACUCCACCAUCAUGAGCCCUAGCACCUGCCAGUACUUAGCUAUGUUAUGCUGGCUCACGGGGUUUGUCUGUCCCACAUUUGCAUCUUUCAUGCUUGCCAGGAUUUCCUUCUGCACCCCCAACAGGAUUAACCAUUUCUUCUGUGAUGCCAAUCAGCUCUUUAGGCUCUCAUGCAAUGACACCUACUCCAUACAGGCAGUAGGCUAUGCCUUCAGCACUGUCGUCAUCAUGUCUGCUGUCCUCUUCACCAUGGCCUCUUACUUCCAAAUCAUAGUCACCAUACUGAGGAUGUCAUCAGCUGCCGUCCGCAAGAAGACCUUUUCCACCUGUGCUUCGCACCUCUCUGUGGUCACCAUCUAUUUCGGGACCCUCAUUUUCAUGUACGUCCGCCCUGCAGUGAAGUAUGAGUCUAACAUCAAUAAAGUGGUGUCCGUUUUCUACUCGGUGAUAACGCCACUGCUGAAUCCGAUCAUAUACACACUGAGGAAUAAGGAUGUGAAAACAGCCCUGAGAAAAACAUUCUUGAGGAACAAGGGUUAA